AUAUAGUCAUAGUGCCUCGAGACUUACUAUCAUCGUAGCCCUCCUAUUUUUAUUUUUUUGUCUUUCUAACAUUCACAUAGUCACAUACCAAUGGAACAUCAUCAGUUUCCUAAAAUAGAAAGUUUCCUCAACAAAGAAACAAUGCUUUCUUACGUUCAGGAGACUGCAAAAGGGUCACAAACUGUCGCCAAUCCAAAUAUGUGGAAUGGUCUUAAUGAGCUUAGUUUUCAUGCAAUUGGUAAUGGUGCCGGUUCAACGACAAUAGCAUCAUCAUCGCCUAUGGAUGGAUUUCCUUCUUAUUUUCUUGAAACUUUCCCACAACAUAACCAACUUUCACAAGCCCACGAAUCAUCAUUGCCUACUUCAUUAACUAACACCUCAAGGGUCCAGAACCUAAGCCUCCUUUUGAGCAAACCCAAGUCUGCAACCAGUAUGCAGCCAAUUUCUAGUGAUUAUUGGUUGAGGACUAUAAAAACUCAAUCAAUGAAGUAUACAGGGAAACGAAUUGUUGAUACUGGACUAAAAAGUACUUCCAUUUGUUCACCAGGGAAGCUGUUUAGAGGAGUAAGACAGAGACAUUGGGGAAAAUGGGUAGCAGAGAUUCGACUACCAAGAAACCGGACAAGAGUUUGGCUUGGGACUUUUGAAACAGCUGAAGAAGCCGCCUUUGCAUAUGACACAGCCGCUUAUUUGUUACGAGGUGAUCAUGCACACUUAAACUUCCCAGAUAUGAAGAACCAGUUAAAGGCCAACUCAGGUAAUGGCAACACUAGAGCUCUACUUGAAGCAAAGUUGCAAGCUUUAUCAAAGGGAAAUGAUCUAUCAUUACCUUUACCAGAAACCGGUUUAUCAGAAAGUUCAACGGUAGAAAACCACAUAGAUUAUGAAUCAGGAAAAGAAAAAAGCAAGAAGCCAACAGAAGCAGGGGUAUUGGAUGUCGUUCAAGGGGUUCAGCUAAGUCGAAUGCCAUCUCUUGACAUCGAUAUGAUCUGGGAUGCUCUUCUUGUUUCUGAGUCAUAGUUACAUAUGCUCUCAUACUUUGUACCUUCUCAUUUCCUUUUUCUUUUCUUUUAUUAGAAGGUACACAAACUUGUUGCUUCUUUGCUUUAUUUUUUAAUUACCCUUUUACUUAAUUUUGGUUCCAAGUUUUGGUUUGGUAUUGGUAGGUUUUAUGUGUUGAUGGACACACAUCCUUACUUAAAGG